UGUUCAUAGAUUGGUUUUAUCUUUCUAUGCUACUUUUGUUUUUACUCUUAAUCUUGACUGUCCCGAUGUUUUUAGUUUGGUUUUUGAUACCGUUAUUGCAAUAAUGAAGAACUCUUCUAUUCGAUGAUAACAUUUUCUCGAUGUUCUGUUCUUUUUAGCAUUACCCUCCAGGCUUCUGUGCAAUUGUAUUUACAUUUUUAUUUUUUUAAUAGGUAAUAUUACUUUCACGAAAAUGAUUGAUUAUAAUAGUUAUAAAUGAGAAUACUAGCUGAUUACAUUUCUCAUCUUCAAAAACUGCAUCUAAAUGCCACUUUCAUUUUUCUUUUAAUUCGUUAUGGCGAUGGCAGAAUUUCAAUUAUAAAUUCUUGUGUAGUUGUGUUAGCCAGACAAGUCCUCAGUUUCGUAAAAUUGAGCUUUCUGAUUUUUUUGAAGAAGGAGACCUCUGCUUGAGAUUAUGAAAUUUGGCUCCUUCAGAAUUUAUAUGGGCUAAGUCAAGCAUUUCAUGGGAGGUAUAGAGGACAAUGAACCGCCAUUGAAACGCACAAAAAUUCGUUUGGCAGAAUCAAAUAGCUUAUUGGAAGACUUAUCUCAUAUGCAGCCCGUAGCUUGCUCUAUGGGAUAUUCAAUGGCUAGGCCUCUACCCUCACAUGGGGAUGAAGAAACUAUUGGUUCAAAAGGAAUUAUCAAACGAGCAGAAUUCAUCAAAAUUAUAACUAGGGCAUUGUAUUCACUUGGAUAUGAUAAGAGUGGGGCCCUUUUAGAGGAAGAGUCAGGUAUAACAUUGCACUCAUCAGUAUUUAAUUUGCUUAUGCAGCGAGUGAAUGAUGGAAAAUGGAAUGAAUGUGUGGCUAUGCUGCAUACAAUUGGUGUCUUGGAUGAGAAAACUGUGAAAUCAGCAUCUUUUCUGAUAUUGGAGCAGAAGUUCCUUGAGCUUCUGAAAAUGGAAAAAGUAACUGAUGCUUUAGAUACUUUACGGAAUGAGAUUGUACCUCUCUGCGUUAAUGUGAGCCGAGUUCAUGAGCUUGCUACCUGCAUUGUCUCACCUUCACAGUAUGUAAGACUUGGGCUUUCCAGUCAAGAUACUGAUGUUGUAAAGUCACGGUCAAAUAUUUUGGAGAAACUGCAGAAGGUGCUUCCUGCAGCAGUAAUGACACCUGAAAAAAGGUUAGAACAUCUAGUUGAACAGGCUCUUGAUGUGCAGCGAGAUGCUUGUAUAUUUCACAACACUUUGGAUAGUGAUUUGUCUUUGUACUCAGAUCAUCAGUGUGGGAAAAACCAAAUUCCUUCUCAAACGAUACAGAUACUUCAAGAACAUACUGAUGAAGUUUGGUUUUUGGAAUUUUCACAUGCUGGGAAAUAUUUAGCUUCAUCAUCGAAAGAUCAAUCAGCAAUUAUAUGGGAGGUUAAAGAGGAUGGUCAUGUUUCAUUGAAGCAUAAACUAACUGGCCACCAGAAGCCAGUGUUGAUGGUGUCAUGGGGUCCGGAUGAUCGCCAGCUCCUCACGUGUGGACUGGAGGAGGUCAUCAAACGUUGGGAUGUCAUAUCUGGAGAAUGCCUCCUUGUUUAUGAGAAAAACGGUGUUGGCCUGAUUUCUUGUGGAUGGUUCCCUGAUGGUAGAGGGAUAUUCUCUGGUAUGACUGACAAGAGUAUCUGCCUCUGGGAUUUGGAUGGAAGAGAGCUGGAAUGUUGGAAAGGGCAGCAAACACUCAGGAUAUCAGACAUGGCUGUAACUGAUGAUGGAAAGAGGAUCAUAAGCAUAUGCAGAGAAACCUCAAUAUUAUUGCUUGACAGGGAGGCAAAAUUUGAGAGAUUGAUUGAAGAGGAGGAAGCAAUUACUUCGUUCUCCUUGUCAAAGGACAGUAAAUUCCUACUGGUCAAUCUUAUAAAUCAAGAAAUUCAUCUUUGGAGUAUAGAGGGUGAUCUGAAGGUUGUGGCGAAGUACAAAGGUCACAAGCGUGCCAGAUUUGUCAUUAGAUCUUGUUUGGGUGGAUUUGAGCAAGCCUUUAUUGCCAGCGGGAGUGAGGAUUCACAGGUGUAUAUAUGGCACAGAGGUUCUGAGGAACUCCUACUGGCAUUGCUGGGGCAUUCGGGAGCUGUUAAUUGCGUGAGCUGGAAUCCUACAAAUCUUCACAUGUUGGCUUCCGCCAGCGAUGAUCAUACUAUUCGAAUAUGGGGUUUAGAUGAGCUCAACCUGAUACGCAGAGACUCUCAGAGCAAUGGCAUCACUUGCUGCUCGAAUGGAAGAAUUUGAAACGAUUUUCUAGACAUCCAAAAAUUUGUUGAGACUGUAAGAAAGCAAUGUUCUUUGAAAGAAUUUAUAACAGUAGAUGAAAUUUAUCUUUUGCUUAAGUUCUUGGCAUCUAUAGCAGCAAAAAAUGCAACUGCUAUCAGCCAAUCAAGCAAUAAAACCAGGUGACUCCUUUGUUUCUCUUCGCUUGAUUCUGCUGCACAGAUGCAUGAGCAAGCUAUGCUAAAGAGUACUUCUAGUGAGCUAGCUAAAGUUGAAAUCUAGCAAAAGUUUGGCCAGUUCAAAAUACACUAAUAUCAAACUAGCUAAAUAAACAGUAAUUUUAUCGUCGUC